AUGAUGCAAUGGUCUAGCUUAUUUUAUCCAAUAGAAGAAGAAUUAGUUUUUAACAAUAGAGGUGAAGUGGAACAUUUCAAAAAAUAUAUAUACUACUUAAUAUCAAUCCAUACAAUAUUUGGGAUAUUUAAUAUUGUUAAUGAAAAUAAAUUAACUAUUGGAGUAAUAGAAAUAACUUGCAUGGCAAUAUUUGGUUUAGCUACUGUAUUGAACACUAUACCAAUAUUAUAUCUUAUUUAUUCAGUCAUUAGUUGCUUAAGUUGUUUAGUGCACUUACGUUAUAUCCAUUUAUCAUACUUUGAAUUUUCUGAUAUUUAUAAUAUUAUAAAUAUUUGUGCAGUUAUUACCAGUUGCUGCUGUGCACUUUUAUCCAUUGAAAUAUACUUUUUGUUUGCAGAUUAUAUCUAUAACUUAUCUUCAUUGGGACUUUAUUAUUUUGAUUAUGAUGAUGAAUUAGUACAACAUAUUAAUCAAUCUAGUGAGGAUUUAGUUGAUGAAGAAUUUAAACCACAAAGUGAUACAGAAAACUUAUAUUUAGGCAGUAAUAAUAAACGAGAAUGUAUAAAAUCAUAUAUUCCAUUUGAAGGGAAGUACAGUAUGCUAUGA